GGCUGAUUUCAGUAAUAAUUGGUUGUAUGUUUUGUCUGUAGUAGAUCCAUUCUAAUUACUUUGUGUUAAUUAUAAUGUGAAACUAAUUUCUAAUUUGUGUCCUAGUAUAGUUAGUUAUUUCCUAAUGCAUGCUCGUGAUGAUGAUAAUUGAAGUCUAGGCAUACAUUAUAGCACAUUACAUUUAAUUACAAUUCAGGGUUCUAUAGUCACAUGAUUUCUGGGAUAGUACUACAGAAUGGUAUCUUUAAAAAUUUUAGUCUUGAAAAAAAAGAGCCAUACUCACCCAUAAAAAUUUUCAUAUCUAAUACAAGUACACAUGUAGUCCUUGACACAUUUCACAGUGCCAAGUUGUGUUACAGUUGCUGUGAGCUUCACUUCACAGUUCAAAUGGGAUCACUGAUAUUGAGAAAUGGAAACAUUGGAAGCAUUAGAAUGAGAAACAUUAGAAGUCUAAAGCUGCACUCUGUACUCACUAGAGAUCUAGAUCAGAAAACAAUGACUGAAUUGUAUGACAUAUGGCAACAGAAUAUAACUGGAAAAAAUAGUUAUGAGGACUUUACAGCACUUCUUGGCACAUUUGACCGUACAUAUAUAGUGCAAGAUUAUAGCAAUGCUGAAAAAAUAUGUGCAACAGGAAGCUAUGCUGUACUACCAACAGAUUUACAAAUAAACUCAAGACAAAUCCAUAUAAUACCAACUGGUAUUGGAUACAUCCUGCCACAACAUCAAAGGAGAGGGAUUCUUCAAAAAUUUUUCUUGCACAUGACCCUCAGAGAGAAGCUCCUGCAUCCAUUCACACCAUUAUACAUGACAGCUAACUUCCUAACUUACAAGACAUACUCAGCUUUUCUUCGUUUUUCAGAGCAUGCAUAUCCACGCUAUGACAGGCCAACCCCUGACAUGGAGAAAAAAAUCAUGGAGUACUAUGUUCUGCACUAUCUCAAUUGUAGUGACACUUAUGAUCCUGAAAGAGGUGUAGUCCAACUACCACAGACUGUUAAGAAAGAGGUUGGAGCCAUUGAUGAAAAACAUUAAAAAAAUCCACAUGUCAAGUAUUAUGCUGAGAGGGCUAACUGGGAAAAGGGUGAAGCACUGCUUGGGGUUGCUAAUGUUUCAUGGAAGGUUAUAGCUUCAAUAUAUAAUAACUGGAAAGGAACUAGCUAAAGAUCACUGUUUUGAUAAAGUUGCCAUUUUUGUAAACAUAAAUUUCUUUACUUUAUUUAGAAAUUCUAAAAAAUUAGCCCAACUUAUAAAUAAAAUGUUUUACUCA